CACAUAUAGCACUUUAUAUACAACAUGCAAUACUCAUAAGCACUAUGCAUCAAACAAAAUUAAUACAGACACAACAUGGCUCAAUCAGACUUCACCCAAAUCGGUUUCAUCGGCCUCGGCGCCAUGGGCAAGCACAUGGCCGAGCAACUCGCAGCCAAACUCCCAGACAACGCGCGCAUCCACGUCUACGACAUUUCCAGAAUACCUGUCGAGGAACUCGAGAGGAAGUAUCCCGGAAAAGUCGUAGCCUCAAGUUCGCCUAGGGACGUCGCUGAGAAUGCGAAAUAUAUCCUCUCAAUGGUUCCCGAAGGUGCGCACGUCAAGUCCGUCUAUCUAGACGAGAAAACUGGUGUUACUACAGUCGACCUCGCAGGCCGAGUCCUUAUCGACUGCUCAACCAUCGAUCUCGCCACAAACCUAUUCGUAAAGCAACACCUCGCAGAACACCACCCAGACGCAUCCUUCUACGACUCCCCCGUCAGCGGCGGCACGCUCGGCGCCGCAAAAGCCACGAUCGCAUUCUUUCUCGGCUGCGCAGAGACAGAUCCCCAACUGCAAGCCCUAACGCAGCUACUAAGCCUAAUGGGAAAGCAAAUCAUCCCCUGCGGUGCGCCAUCGCUAGGUCUUGCAGCGAAGCUAUGCAAUAAUUAUCUCUCCGGUCUGAUCGCGAUAGGGAGCGCCGAGGCACUCAACAUGGGUAUCCGGUCUGGCCUGGACCCGCGCGUACUAUCAAAUGUAUUCGCCGCGGGGACGGCGCAGAAUGCCAUCUGUGACAAGUUUAACCCGUGCCCUGGGGUUGUGGCAGAUGCACCGAGUAGUCAUGGGUAUGAGGGGGGGUUUAAGGUGCAGUUGAUGAAGAAGGAUUUCUCGCUGGCGGUUAGUUUGGCAGAGAAUGUGGGGGCUAGAUUGGAGCUUGGGGGGCAGGGGUUGAGGACAUAUGAGGGGGCAUCGAAGGAUAAUGAUUGUUAUGAUCGGGAUUCGAGGGUGGUGUUUCGGUAUAUCGGGGGCGAUGAAAAGUGGGCGGCGAAGCUUUAGCUUUAGAACUUUGGGAG